GCUCUAGCCCAGCCAGUCCAGCCUUGCGUCUCCCCCAAUUAAUCACUAUACAAGCCAACUUUCCGAAUACCCUCUCUCCACGCCCACGUCCACGUCCAACCCACGAUAAUUCAAAAAGACAUAAGCUUAACGUAUCAGCAAUAUGUUCAGAAACAACUACGACAACGAUUCAGUCACAUUCUCCCCGCAAGGGAGAAUAUUCCAGGUCGAAUAUGCUGCUGAGGCCGUGAAGCAGGGUUCGGUAGUGGUGGGCCUGACCAGCAAGACACACGCAGUCCUAGUCGCCAUCAAGCGGAACGCAGAAGAACUCUCCUCGUACCAGAAGAAACUCUUCGCCGUCGACGAGCACGUCGGCCUCGCGAUCGCGGGCCUGACGUCGGACGCCCGCGUGCUCUCUAACUUCAUGAAGCAGCAGUGCCUCUCGCAGCGGCUAACGUACGACCGGGCGAUGCCGCUCGAGACGCUAGUCUCGCUGAUCGGCGACAAGGCGCAGCUCAACACGCAGCACUACGGCAAGCGGCCCUACGGCGUGGGCCUUCUCGUCGCCGGCGUCGACGAGGCCGGCACGCACCUGUUCGAGUUCCAGCCGAGCGGCCUGACGCAGGAGAUGCUGGCGUGCGCCAUCGGCGCCCGCUCGCAGAUGGCCCGCACCUACCUGGAGAAGAACCUGGACAAGUUCGCCGACUGCGGCCGCGACGAGCUGAUCCGCCACGGCCUGAAGGCCCUGAAAGAGACCCUGGUCCAGGACCGCGAGCUGACCGUCGAGAACACGAGCGUCGGCGUCGUCGGCCUCAAGGAGCCCGGCAAGAAGGCGCUCGAGUUCUUCAAGGUGCACGACGGCGCCGAGGUCAAGGAGUGGAUUAACAGCGUGGCGGACGAUAACGAGGGCGGUGGCGAGGCGGGUGAUAAUGAGGGUAUGCAGGUGGACGAGUAGAAUAGAAAGGGGGGGAAAUAACCAAAAUAAAACAGAAACCCGACUAAGUGGACUUUAUAAUGUGGUAGAUGAAUUACUUGCAUUUCACUCGGGCGUAAGGACUCGGCGGGUGCGCCUAUUGUCGCGGCACCAUCUAGAUGUAUCAAUAGACGACAAAUAAAUCACGAAACAAAUCGGAAAAAGCGUUUGGCAUCUUUAAACUU